UACGGGGUCGUCUUUGUCUGUGACGCUCAUAGUAACCUUGGAAAGUCUCUAGAUCCCGGAAAUAUGUGUGGUGGGGAGGCACAGCAGGUCUGUUGUGUUAACCGUUGAGGGAUCGCACAAAUAUACGACUCGAGGUAAGCUUAUUACAUAGUUGAUCCAUCAGAUGAACUUAUCGGCUAGCUUUGCCAAAUUCUGUAGAAGGUAAUCUAUCUUGAAGGUGCUUGGCCCCCAUCUCUCGCCCGUAGGCUUAUGCGAGACUUGAUGCAUCUCGCUAAUAUGAGAGGUCAUGGACUUCAGCCCAACUCUUGUUGGUUGAGUAUCUCGUAACAAAGCUGCAUGUCAUCACCUAGGUACCUAGGUUAGUCCUAAAUAGGAAAAUAAGGAUCGGGAAAUGAGCGGGACACUGCAUUGUUCUCCAAGAUCCAUCUCAUCCCUAUUUACAGGAACGAAAAGCUUUCCGAGGGAUACUAGUCUUGCCCCCCUUUGAGCCCACCUCAGCGGCUACCUUCACUUACUCUCCCCCUCUUACCUCACUUUCAUCCCCUUUAUAUUUCUUACAGUCUUUUUUGAAUCUAAGUAUUAUACAUAUAACAUGGCGGAUGUAAGCGCAGACUACGUCAUCGUCGGUGGCGGCCUGGCCGGAUGUGUCGUAGCCUCCCGCCUCAGCCAGAGUGACAAAAAGCCUACCGUCAUUCUCUUAGAAGCUGGAGCUGAUCCAUCCAGCAACCCCGCCGCCGCCAGCUUCAUAAGCGGCCUGUCGCUCCUGGGCGGUGAGUUCGACUAUGUGUAUCAAAGUGAGCCCGUGGCGAACACAGAUAACCGGGUGCACACUCUGAACACCGGCAAGGUCUUGGGUGGAGGCACCAUCCUCAACUACGGUGGUUGGCUGCGCGCGGAUGCGGCGGAUUAUGACGAGUGGGCUGAGGUAGUCGGGGAUCAACGCUGGAGCUACAAAGGUCUUAAGCCUUGGCUUCGUAAGACGGAAAGCUUUCACGACAAGGGAGCGGACCCGGAGGAGCAUGGCUUUGACGGUCCGAUGCAUGUCACUUCAGUCUCUGCCGCUCAGUCGGGGGCACGCAAAUAUCUACUCCGCGAACCUGUGAGAGAGGCAUGGGAAGAGCUUGGAGUGUCUCCUAAUCUGCAGAGAGAGGAUGGCAGGAUUGGAGGUUUGGCGGAGAUGAAUGAGAACUCUCAUGACGGAAUGCGACAGCCGUCUAACCUGGUCUAUCCACUCAAUGACGUGAAGGUCUUUACCAACACCACUGUGCAUAGAGUCACUUUCUCAGGUACCACGGCAACUGGAGUAGAGCUGGCCGACGGUCGCAAAAUCACUGCGCAGAAGGAGGUCAUUCUUUGCGCUGGCGCUUACGGCACCCCGAAAGCUCUUCUACUCUCAGGCAUCGGCCCCGCUGCUACUCUCAAAGAACAUGCCAUUCCCAUCGUGCACGAAUCCCCACAAGUAGGCCAGAAUCUCCACGACCACUCUGUCAUCUACCUCGCCUACCGCCUACACGACCCCUCUCUCGGGUAUGCUCUCGGUAGUGCCCCAUGGCAGGAUCCCGCACUUUUCAAGAGUCUACCAUGGGACUGGAUCGUCAGCCAACCCUUACCCGCAGAGAUCAUCACGAAGCAUGAAUCCAACGUGGAGAAGCAGAAGCGAAACCUCUACGAGGUAAUUUCCGUCUACGUCCCCCCAGGCAUCCCGGGGAUUCCUAUCGACGGCACCCACAUCGCGACCUCCACCAUGCUGCUCCUGCCCACCUCCCGCGGGACGGUGUCCAUUCGCUCCAAGAACCCGAACGACCCCCCACGCAUCCAACCGAACUAUUUCUCCACCCAGCUGGACCGUGACACGAUCGUCCAUGCCACUCGCCAAACCCUUAACGCGAUGCUAGCAAGCAGCUCUAUGAAGCCCAUCGUCGAGAGCGAAACUCCGCCUUCAGGGGAAGGGUUGGACGGCCUGACGCCGCUCACGGCUACGUCCAGCGACGAGGAGAUUGAAGAGAGGAUGCGGCGCACGGGGACGCAGCAUCACCACUCGGGAGGCACUGCGGCGAUGGGCAAGGUAGUGGAUGUGGAGGGGAAAGUGUUCGGUGUCAAGGGUUUGAGAGUUGCGGAUGCGAGUAUUGUUCCGCUACCCAUGGGCGGGCAUCCACAGGCGACUCUUUAUGCUAUGGCUGAGCAGCUAGUUAGUAUGAUUCUCAAGGAUGAAUGAAAGUAGGUGCUUGAGUGGGUAUAUAGUGAGGGAUGCCUAAGCUCUAUUCAUCAAUACAAUAGCUCUGAGCGACGUCUCUGUGCUUUGAUAUCAGUUCUAGCAAUAACAUCACGAUAUGGCUAGUAUUCAUAACUCUAUCGCCGGAAAGAUGUAUACCCCUUAUUAAAUAUAUACCUGGAUACCUACCCACUAUUAGGCACUCAUAAGUAGGUACAUAUAUGGUCUCUAUCAUAUCCGGCGAUUCGUUACAAGCACUUGCAAGCAAGUUAAAAACUCCAAGGUCCAGGAAGGUCAUACAGAACUGCGGCAUGAAAUACUUCAACACAACUGAAAUAAGGCGAAAA